GUUGAAUUUGAGGCAGAACUGAAAUCUGCUGGGGAUAAGCUUAUAGUAGUUGAUUUCUCUGCAACGUGGUGUGGACCAUGCAAAAUGAUCAAACCCUUUUUCCACAGUUUGUAUGAGAAGUAUGGGGAUGUGGUGUUCAUUGAAAUUGACGUGGACGAUGCCCAGGAUGUUGCUACACACUGUGAUGUGAAGUGUAUGCCAACGUUCCAGUUCUACAAGAAUGGAAAAAAGGUGCAUGAGUUCUCUGGGGCCAAUAAGGAGAAGCUGGAAGAGACCAUUAAAAAUCUAGUCUAAUCUCCAGCCAUGGAGACAUUGAAGCAUGACAGCUCCGGCUAAAUUAUAGCCUGUAACUUUUUUACUUAAAAAAAAAAAAAAAUCAUCUAAAUGUUGUAGCUAGGUUAAGUGGUGGAAACAAUCCUCUUGAUCUAUGUAAAUGAAUUCAAUAAAGUGUAAAUUCUUCACU